CACCCCCAAAGUAAAAGUAAAGUGAAGUAUAAAAGGAAUUAGGGCAACAAACAUAAAUCGUUUACGUUGCAACUUCUAAACCAAAGAAACUGCAUCACUUUUCCUGUUUCGCUGUUCGUUCGCACCAGGUUAAGAUCACUAAUCGCGUUAAAUGGCUGGAUUUGGGAGCCUGGCACCAAAGACGAAGAAUCUGGUGGUUGCAGGAGGUUUAACCGGGUUUGUAUUCGGUGUAUAUUUCUACACCAUGAGAGCUGUUGGUGGUUCAGAUGAGCUUCAAGUAGCUAUUGAUAAGUUUGAAUCUAAAAAAGUCAGCGGCGAGUCCGACUCAAACCUUGCAUCCAAGGUUUGACCCGUUUCCGAUACCAGAAAGGCUGCAUACUUUUAAACAUAUUUAUGUCACUUUGAUCUUCCAGUGUUUUCAUGACAUUUUAGUGUUGAGAUAUAAUGAGUUGUGCAUAAAGUGAUUUAAGAAGUGCUUCAAAUAAAGACCAGUUUUGCUGGCACCUUUUUUUGGUUA